AUGCCUGACAGGCUCGACGUUGCGGCGCUGCGGCUGGCCGUGCCCGCCGAGCCGCUGACGGCCGCCGCAUUUGCGCCGUUUGGCGACGUUAUUGAGAACCCGCGCCCUGACGUGCAUCCGUCGCAGUUUGCGAAAGCGUUUGGAUCCUCCGGCGCAGGCUAUCUGCACCAUCCCGUGUCCGCCAACCAGGGCUCUGCCAUCAAGUACCAGCGCGUCUCUGGGCUCGCCGACCGCUAUGCCUCGGGCAAGGCACCGAGCGGUAUGCCAUCCGAGCCUCUGGCCAGCAUGUUUGUCUGCGGGGCCCGUACACUGCUGGAGGGCGGCCGGUUUCCCGUGACCAUUCUGGAGCGCCACCCCUACACCACCCAGACCUUCGUGCCGCUGUCGCAGCACUCGGCCGCGGAUACCCGCUACCUGGUGAUUGUGGCGCCUACGUUGCCGGAUGCGACCCGCAACAACCCGCCAGACGUCCGCGGCCUGCGUGCCUUUGUGGCUCGCGGCGACCAGGCCGUCACCUACGGCGCCGCGACAUGGCAUGCCCCCAUGGCCGCGCUGGGCGCCGCCGGCACAUCGCUGCCUUUCUUCGUCUUCCAGUUUGCCAACGGUGUGGGGCCCGAGGACUGCCAGGAGGUGGUGUUGGACAGCGGCGCGGCUGAUGCCGAGGGAACGAGCUCAGUUGUAGUGCGCGUCCCGUCAACAGUCGCAGCUUUGUCUCCCUCCUCCUCCUCGUCAUCAUCAUCACCCGGUCUCUGGUCGAAGCUAUGA